UUAAGCGAACGGUUGUACAUUUCCAAAACUGCGAGAGUUUCAAUACUCAACAAAACCAAAAUAAAAACAAACAAAGCCAACUCAAAAACAAACUAUUUUCAAAAAGUGAACAUUUUCAAGCAAAUUUGAAAAUAAAGUGAAGUGGAGAAAAAUAAAAAACGGUGCAAAAAACUAAAAACCCGUGACUAUUAAGAGAGAAUAUUUAAGACUCUUGAAAAUUUUAUUCUUUUUACGAAAAAAAGCUACAAACUGUGCAAAAAAACUUUCAAAGCUUAACGCUUAAAAUUUUAAAACUUUCAAAUCCAUCACUCAAACGUUUUUUAAAUUAAAAACACAACAACAAAACAGCAUUUUAAAUGAUCACACACUUACUAUCCUGAUAGCGUCUGCUGUGCUCUCUUGUGUGUGUCUCCAAAUACCUGCCUUUGCAUUUUUCAAGCAUUUGAAAAAUUGGUUUGUUUUUUGUUUUAAACAAAAAUCCACCAUUUCAAAAUGGCGUUUGCAAUUAUAAGUCGCGGUUUCUUGCGCACUUCCAGAGAAAUACUGGAUCGUAGCAUCGCUGUGGGUAGUAUUCCGAUUUCCCAUUGCCUUAUGGAUCUUGAGAUAAAUCAUUCCUCUGGUACUUUUGUUCCACAUCGUUCGGCUUGCACCGCUCCCACCAUUGCACCGAUUUCCUCUCACGGUAGCAAUAUGGUACUAGUUUGCAAUGAACGCUUUUGUCUGCUGAAACCCAGACAAGCCAAUUCAUACUUGACUAAGCGUCAGAGCAGCACGAAGAAGCGGGUGUCCACUGUAGCAUCAUCAAAGCGUGAAGAAGAAAGUGAUAGCGAUUCGGAUUCGGACGAUGAAUUUGAAAGCAAACGUGUAACAAAGCACUCCAAGAAUAGUGAAAGGGGCGAUUCGGAGUUCUGGCGUCGCAAAAUGCGUACGCUUCAUCGCAUACUCGACGUUAAUCGCGAUGGCGUCAUCUCGUUUGACGAUUUCAAAUUGAUUGCCAAACGCUUCACUGACUUGGGUCAUCUCACGCCCGAGGUGUCGGCUGAAUUUGAGCAAGUGAUGCGCCAAACUUGGGAGGAGCAAUUCGGUGAAAUAACGCCGUAUAAUUUAAUAACUGCCGAGCAGUUUCUUGUUGAAGUGCAUCAUCGUCUCAACGACGAGCAGAUGGUAAAGCGCAUUGGUCGCUUUCUGCCGUAUUUAUUUAAGGCCGUUGAUUACGAUCACACCGGCCACUUGGAUCUCGACCAGUAUAAGUUGUUCUUCCAUUGCUUGGGUCUUACGGAUGACGAUGCUGCAAUUUCUUUUGCUGUGAUAGACAAGAAUGGCGAUGGCCAAGUGUCGUUAAAGGAGUUUCUACAUUUGGGACGUCAAUUCUUCAUUACCGAAGAUGAUACGAAAAUUUCGAAAAUGUUCUGGGGCCCGCUCAUCGAUCAUUGACUUGUUGAACAUGCAUACACGGCUGUGCAGGAAUUGUUGGAGCGCGGACGAACGCAAGACUUCCAACGUGCCCAAUUUAUUCUCUUCACACUCUGCAUGCACCUUGCCUCGGAGAACUUGGGCCUACUCAUCAUUGACGAUACACCAAUCGAGGGAAAUCUUUUGCUAAGACUAUUUUUUUAUGUUAAUACAUUAAUUUUUUUAACAAUCACAUUGCGCUCGUAUGAUCGUGGCGCUUUUAAACAUUUUAUUAUAUAUAAUUUAAGAAAAUUGAAAGAAUCACAAAGCAAGGCGAAAAAAAUAAAGAA